AGAAUGGUUUCCAAGUAGGAAAUUUUGGUCAGGGUCAAAUAUGAACUAAAUGGUGGCCUGUGGAACGAUAAUUUGUCAUAUUUGUACGGCAUAGCGGUGGCAAAUUCUAAUGUCCCUUCUAUUAUUCUCUUUUUGCACUUAGCCGCCAUUAUCCACUCUCUUUGCUGCCCUAUCUAUAUUAAUCCUCAAGCUGCUUUCAGAAGAUAGAAAAAAAAAAUUCCCUUAAAUCUGUAGAGCCAAAUUAUUUGGUGAAAUGGAAAUAAAUGUGAGAAUAGAUAGCACGAAAAUAGUUGUACCAAUUUAUGAUGGUAAUAUUUCUUCUUCAUCAACCUUGCAAUUUAUUCCUCUGAGUGUAUUCGAUAAGUACACCUACAACACUCAUGCUGCUCAAAUUUUUGCUUAUCACCCACCAACACCAUCGAAUGCAACCAUCGAGUCCGGUCUCAAGAGGGUCUUAUCGGAAUACAGAGAGUUUGCCGGGAGAUUAGGAGAAGAUGAGAAAGGUGAGCCCAUCAUUGUUUUGAAUGAUAAAGGAGCCAAACUAGUUGAAGCAUCUGUCGACAGUAAGCUGGAUGAUGUGAUGCCCUCGGAGCCAUCUCCGGUUCUCCGUAGCCUUUAUCCUAGCUUGAAAGAGGCGGAGGAGCUAGUGCUGGUUCAGCUCACAAGCUUCGCCUGUGGGUCUUUGGUUGUCGGAUUUAUCGUGCAUCAUUCAGUUGCUGAUGGCAAUUCAACCUUUAAGUUCUUGGUUGAUUGGGGCAAAGUUACUCGAGGAGUCGACAUCAGUUCGCUUCCUUUACAUGAUCGAACCAUCUUCAAGCCUAGAAAUCCUCCACGAUUCGAGUUUGAAAAUAGAGGAGUUAAGUUCAUACAAAAAUUGCUCAAAGAUUGCCCUGAUAAUGUAGAGAACAACAAUAAUAUUGUAGUUCAGAAAGUCCAUUUUACAGCUGACUUUCUUUCCAAGAUUAAAGCUAUGACCAAGCCUUAUAGCACUUACGAUACCUUGGUUGCUCAUCUAUGGCGAGUUUUAACAAAAGCUCGCGGACUCAACGGAUUCGAAACGAGUCAUGUUAUAGUCUCCGUCAAUGGCCGCAUGAGAAUGGCUCGGAAAGUACCCAAUGAGUACUUGGGGAACAUGGUGCUAUGGGCAUUUCCAAGUGCAAAAAUCAACGACAUAAGCCACGAACAAUUACCUUAUGUAGCUAAACGCGUUCAUGAUGCGAUUUCAAAUGUGAACAACGACUACUUCGAAUCCUUCAUCGAUUUUGCUACGUAUAAGUUAGAAAAAGAAGAAGUAUGUCCGACAACAACAUUAAGCGAUAAGUGCAUUUCGUGUCCGAAUUUGGAGGUGAAUAGCUGGGUGCGAUUCCCGAUUUACGAUGUUGAUUUUGGAGGAGGGAGUCCUUACAUGUUCUUGCCAUCUUAUUUUCCAAUGGAAGGAAUGAUCUAUCUACUCCCAUCAGCUGCAAGGGAUGGAACCAUUGAUGCCUUUGUAUUUCUUUUUCAAAACAACGUGUCUAAGUUUAAACAGAUUGUCUACUCACUAGACCAUGGCCGGAGCCGCCUUUAGCCGACCAAUCUGGUUUCGAUCAUGGAUAUCAAUUUUGGUAUCACUAAAUUUGUAAAGCUUAUAAACGCAUAUUAUUUAAAAAAAUAAAUUUCUAUA